AGGGGGCGGAGAGGCCUUGGCGCCCGCUCGGUUUCGUUUCCCCGAGUAGCGGUCAGGGCGGGAUGCUCCGCCGCAGCCGCCUGGCCAGCCUCACGCUGCUGCUGCCCCGCUCGCUCUCCGCCAUGGCGGCGCCUCCCGCGGGCUGCUCCGCACGGGCCCGACCGUGCUUCGCGGCGGAGGGGCCCGGCUCGGAGCUGGUCUGCUUCACCCUCAGCGGCAGCGAGGGCGCAGGCGGCAGCGGCCGCCCCGAGCCCCGCUGCUUUCUGCCCGCUCCGGCGCGGUGCUAUUCCCUCUGCGUCCCCGCCGCCCCUAGCGUGCCGGCGGCCAGGCUGCACCGGCGUUUGCAGCAGAGGCUGAGGCAGGGGCCCUUCGGGCGGUGCCGGGUCCUGGGGCUCCUCUGCUACGGCGCCCCCGGGGCGCGGGCGGCGCUGGAGAAGGGCUUCCUCAUCCAGGACCCGCAGGGAGGCCCGGAGACCGAGCGCGCCCUGGAGGAGCUGCUGCGGGGCCAGGGCGAGCCGCCGCCGCCGCUGGGCGUGUACGAGGCGGGCGAGCGGGGCGAGCUGUGGCAGUGCCUGUGGGCCCUGCGAGGGGCGGGCGGCAGAGAGCUGCUCCGCAGAGCCCGAGUGGUGGCCGCCGGGGAGCCGCCGCUGCACCCCGCAGUGCCCGGCCUUCGCCGCGCCGCCGUGUUCCACUCCCUGGAGGCCGCCCGCCGCGUGGUGGAGCAGUGCACAUCGUUAAUCCCUGAAGCCACAGCUGUCCUUGAUCUAGUGGAUAAAUGCCCCAAGCAUUCAAAAAAGGGAGAUUUUCCUGUCAUAGUUAUUGAAGGAUUAGAUGCAACAGGCAAAACAACUGUAACCCAGUCGGUCAAGGACUCACUGAAUGCACUUCUCUUAAAGUCACCACCACCUUGUAUCAGCCAGUGGAGGAAGACUUUUGACGAUGAACCAGCACUCAUCAGGAGGGCAUUUUAUGCCCUGGGCAACUACAUUGUUGCUUCAGAAAUAGCAAAAGCAUCCACCGAGUCACCUGUGGUUGUAGACAGAUAUUGGCACAGCACAGCUGCCUAUGCAAUUGCCACUGAAAUAAGUGGAAAAGUGCAAAAUCUUCCUCCAGCUCAACAUGAGGUGUACCAGUGGCCUGAGGACCUGCUCAAACCUGAUCUUGUCCUGCUGUUGACAGUUAGUCCUGAGGAGCGGAUCCGGAGACUGCAGGGACGAGGUCUGGAGAAAACUGAGGAGGAAACCGAGCUAGAGGCUAACAAUUUGUUUCGCCAAAACAGGGAGAAGGAUACAUGGAAGGGUGAGAGAAAGUUGUCUCCCAGGAACAAGCGGCUCCUAGCUGAAAUCAGAUCAGAACAAAAGGAGCCUGUGCUGGAGUUAUGGGAUCCCUCCCUUGCAAAACAAACAGGCCUGGGGAGAGAGCAGCCCCCGGCCAUGAGCGCAUGGUUUUGUCUCAGGAACUUGGUUUGGGGAGUUGAAGAGUCAUACAAAAGGAUGGAGAACCCUGGAUGCCAAGAGGUUGAUGCCAGCCCCUCAAGAGAAGAGGUUCUGAGGACUGUUUUGCACCUAAUUAAAAAACACUGUGGUUCAUUAUAGCUGCUUUUGUGUGGCAGCAUUUACAGUGAGUUGCUUGUUUCCUCUGUUUUUCCUCCCUGGAAAUGCACUGCACUCAGCUCUUUUCCAUCCAAAUAAGCUGCUCCAGAAUUCUCAGGCAGAAGAGUCUCCCCUUUCUUCUACCCAAUCUAAACGCUGUUUUUAUACUAACUCUUUCAUUGCUGCGUAAUGUACUUUGUAUAUAGGGCAAAACACAACUCACAUGCUGUCCACCAUCCCUGGUGCAGCCACCAACAAAUCAUUAGGGACGUACAGGUAUAUGAGAUGGUGAUAGGAAUGUGCUGGCAUUUCUAACAAAAUGUCAUUUUAUUCUAUCACUGUAUAGAAAACCUGAUCCUGCAUUCCUUGCAUACCCAAACUCCAACUGACUUCAGUGUGAGUUUUGGGUGUGCAAGGAACACAGAAUGAGGAGGAGAAUCUGAAACAUAGUCCAGCAGUAAAGCCAUUAAAUGAUCCAACAUUCAGAAACCUGGAAACCACAGUCCCAGUGUUGUUACUAACAUUGGCAUUUGGAUAUUAGAGUGACGGGCAUCCUGCAGAAGUAUGAAAUAAAUGAGGGCCUGAUUUUCCCAAGUGCUGGGAAAAUCCCAAUAACUCCCAAUAAAGUCCCAAUAACUCCUGUUGAAGUCAAUGGAAGCGAUGAGUGCUCAUGCUUCAGUAAUAGGCUCUGAAAAAUCAAAUGAGUAAAUAAAUACAAAUACGUCAAUACAAAAAAAGGAAAGAUCUGAAUUGCAGGUCAAACCAUUUAAAAGAGAGGCAGGUGAAAGGAGAGCAGAGUCUGCAUACUGGCACAUUAGAAACGGGGACCUGAGAUGAAAUCAAAAUAUAAAACAUUUUGUAAAUAGUAAACAGAAUAUUUUUCUACAUAGAUUUUUCCCCCAACCUAUUUUUUAAUGCAUUAAUGUUCUCUCUCAAUGUUAUUUGCUGGCCUUCUGAUGGAAUUAAUGUAAAGCAGAAAGACAUGGAGAAUCUACUUGCAACGUUCAUUUUAGUCAGUUUUUUCAGCACUUUAUCUGUACUGAGGUUUCUAUUCAUAUGUUUUAUGCAGAGGCAGCUGGACAUAAUCUCUACCGUGCAAAGACUUAUGCAGAGGCUCAACUCUGUACACAUGGGUACCCAGAUUGGGGCUAUUCACCAGGCAUAAAGCUGAACAUGUGUGUAAGUCUUUGCAGGGUCAGGGCCUAACUGAAAUUCAAGAUGGAAAUCUAAAUUAAAUGGCAUUUUAUUUCUAAUCUUGUUUAUAUUUAAUUUCCUUUAUUAAAUAAGCACAAUUGCUCUAUAAAUAUCUCUUGUAAAUAAAUGUUCUAAAAACGUGAA